AUAUAAAAAAUACUUUGCUUGUUCGACUUGUAUAUCUAGUGUUUCUGUUUAUAAGAGAGAGACACAGUUACCUCUUCGUAUCUAGUAAAUAAAGUCACAACAGAGGGUAUUCCGUUAAGUUAAUUUUUUAACUCUACGAAACGAUCGAGAGAGUUUUUUUUUUCCAAACUAUUAACAAACGCUUGUUUAACUACUACCGGUUCGUUAACUGCCAAGAUGCGUGUGUUUGCCCUUGUUUUGGUCUUCGUUGGUGUGGUGGCGCCAGGCAUCGCUUCGAUAAAUAUGGCUGACGUCAGCUGUGGACGUUCGCAAACGCGUGCAGGAAGGAUUAAGAACGGCGAAAAUGCAUAUCCAGGAGAGUUUCCUUGGCUGGUGUCCAUACGCGUGGCUGGGCCCGGAAGCGCUCACUACUGCGGAGGGUCGCUCAUCCACAAGCGGUUUGUCCUCACCGCGGCGCAUUGCGUUCAUAGAAACUUACCGAAGUAUUUAGUGGUGAUAGCUGGCGAGCAUGACCUCAGUUCGAAAGGUCAAGAGUCAGAACAGGUCCUCAGCGUCAGUAACAUCAUCUCGCAUUCUAAUUAUUCAAAGCGGUACAUCAACGACAUAGCCCUCCUGCAGCUGACGGAGGACGCCACUUGGUCUCGCUUUGUCCGCCCCGUCUGCCUCCCCGACAAGCAAGUGGACGGACCCAAUGACCCCCUGGAUGGCAAGCCCGUGACAGUGGCCGGCUGGGGCAACACGGAUGAAGUGAAGAACAACGGCAAACUUUCAGACAUCCUCCAGAAGGUGACGGUGGAGGUGCAGCCCCGUGCCAAGUGUCAAGACUGGUACCACGAGGAAGUCGGUCGUCCCGUGGCUCUGUACGACACUCACCUGUGCGCCGGACUGGAGGAGGGGGGCAAGGACUCGUGCCAGGGAGACAGUGGCGGCCCCCUGCUCAUCAGCGACACCCAGGGGCGUUUGGUCAGCGUGGGCGUGGUGUCCAACGGCAUCGGGUGUGGGCGUCCGAGGGUCCCUGGUCUUUAUACCCGAGUCUCCCGUUAUAUCGACUGGAUCACGGAGAAGAUCACGGCUUCAGGAGUCGCUUAAGAGUCUCUUCUUCGUCUACGUCUGAGUCUCCUUGUUUGUCUGUUUGCUUUUUCGUCGUCAUCUUCGUCCUCUGUUUCUUCGACUUCCAUCUUCUUCGUC